CAAAGUAGACUCAUAUGCCCGGGCGUCCUUAUCCGCCUAUCAAGGCGGGCAAAUUCGAGUGCGACUCUGAAGGUUUCAAAGUCAAGGGUCAUGAAAGGGCCAGCCAGUCGGACAUCGAACAUUAUCUCGGAAUGACCCCUAACUUUACCAAGAAGGGGAACCUGUCUAAGAGGCAGCCGGAUCUCACUCGACCAAGGGCCUGGUGGGAAGCCCAGAUCGCGUUCUACAACCUCAAAACCGGCAAGUCCAUCGCAGCGAUGCAGGACAUUCUCCGCGCCGCCGUCAACGCGGGCACGCUGUCUGUUCCGCAGGCUACCCUGGACCUGGAAACCAGGAUGAAGAGGGAGUACGCGGAACUCAGCGCAAGAGCUGUGGCAGACCAAUACGCGGCUUGCACGACUGAUGAAGAACGCGUCCACGUAGACGCGGAGCGCUUCCUGCGCGAGACCUUCGAUCGCAAGAAAGACCCGCGCGUCGAGCUCUACGUCGUCAAGGGCAGCCAGAGUCUUGAUCGUUUUGGUAUAUAUCAAGCAGCGGAGAGACUGAUGUUACAGACACGGAAGGCUCACACUACACAUACGGACGGGAAAGCGACGUAUUGGGUCGUGGUUGGUCGAGACAACUCGAAGGUGUAUGGAGAAGCUCUGCGCAUCGAAUCUGAAGACCGGCGGCGGGCGAUCGAAGACUUAGAACAGUCGGAGUGGUUCCAAGCCUGGCAGGAAUCGCGAAGGCACGGGCAUGAAAGCUCUGACAUCGAAGCUGACGAAGAAGGAAGCGAGACUAGUCGAAGUCGUCGAGUGCCGAGUGCUCGGCCUGGUGACGACGAAGACAGCAACGAAGGUGGGGACGACGGUUCCUCCCAGCUCUCCGGAAUCCUGGCUGUCGAAUCCUCCUCUCAGGAUUCUGACGAAGAACUCCUCCCGAGGGCUUCAAGGAAACAAUACAGAGCCUGCUUCACCGACGAGCAGCGCGUCACCCUCGACCCGUUCCGCUUCCUGCGCAAGACAUUCUACCCCAAGAAAGGCCACGGCCCCUGGGUGGAGCUCUACGUGGUCAAAGGCGGGCCAAAGCUUGACCGGUACAAUGUGCGAAGGGCGGCCAAGAAGCUCUUAUUGUACACCUUCGAUGCGAAUGGCUAUGAUGCUGAGGGCACUCAUUGUACGAGCUGGGUCGUGAUUGGUAGGGAUGAGCGCCAGGUCCGCGAGCACGGCCUGUGGCUCCACGAGGAAGCCCGGAGGAGGGCGACUCAGCAGAGGGCACAGGAGAACGCUUUGGCAAACAGCUCGAAGAGAAGUGCGAGAGACUCUGAAGAUGAGGGAAGACCGACCAAACGGGGACGCAAGCGAUUAAGUUGGGAUUUGGCAGAUGAGAGCGGCGAAAGUAACAACGAGAGCGAGGAUGGGAGCAGAUCUCAUUCUCAGUCCUCUGGCCUACGUGAAAGCAGCCAAGAAGAAACAGAGCAGGAAGAUGUGGAUGAAGACGAGGAAGACGAAGGUGACCUGGAAUACACUCGCGACCCUGACCUCAAACCCAUCACGAACCGCAAAUUCCCCAACGCGCUCGACGUCUCGGGCACCUGGACCAUCAGCGCCCCCGCGCUCGCCCGCGAGUGGCCUCACACGUCCGGCAACAUGCACUUCAACUUCGCGCUGCAUAAGGCCAAGGGCAAGAAGGGCGGAGACAUUCUCUUCGCCGAGUUCAACCUCGGCAUCCUGGAGGGCAUCAUGGCGUUCGACAAGCCGCCGACCCCGCAGGUGCUCGAGACUACGUUCCUCUGGCGCGGACGGGAGACGGGCGAGGGCCAGAUGCAGAUCGCUGGUGACUACAAUUGCGGGAAAAUCAGCUUUGACAGCGGUAAGACUAAGUUUACCGGUGUCUUCGCGAGCACGUACGGAACCUGGAAUAUCGAAGGCAGGAGGGUGAACAGCAAGGCUUUCUCUGGCUCGACUUUCAAAGCAGAUUAUGAAGGUUACACCGAAGAUGCUUACGAGGAUGAAAGGGUCUCCCGCUGGCACUAA